GUUUCUUUAAAAGGGCAGCCCUCUUCGCGUCACUCCACCUCCCCCCUCACCACAACUGAACUCUCCCUCUCCCCGGCAGCGGCCACUUGUCCCUGCCAAUUCACACGCCACGCCACGACGAAAUAAUCUAGCCUAUUCUUCCUCCUUGAGCAACAAAUUCUAGGAAGCUAGCGAGCUUUGCUAUGGCGAGAUCGAUGGAGAGCGUCGACGGCAAUGGCGGCGGGCUGGUGGUGACGGAGCUCAGCCACAUCAAGGAGCUCGUGCGGCAGCUGGAGGUGCACCUCGGCGGCUCGCACGACCUCUGCAGGCACCUCACCACGCAGAUUUUCUCCAUCACCGAGCGCUCCAUCAGCAUCAUCACCUCCUCCAGCCUCGACGCCGGCGCCGGCGGCCGGAAGCGGCCCGCCUCGCCCCUCUCGGCGACGCCCACCAGCGACGUCACCGACGGGCCUUUCAAGAACGCCAAGAAGAGGAAGGUCAUGGAGAAGAGGAAGCACCAGGUGAGGGUGAGCUCCGGCUCCGCCGGCGGAGGAGCCGCCGAGAACGACGGCCACAGCUGGAGGAAGUACGGCCAGAAGGAGAUUCUUGGAGCCAAGAACCCAAGGGGCUACUACCGCUGCACGCACCGCCACUCCCAGGGAUGCUUGGCGACGAAGCAGGUGCAGCGCACCGACGAGGACCCGACGCUCUUCGACGUCAUCUACCACGGAGAGCACACCUGCGUCCAGAGGCCGACGGCGGCGGCGGCAGGCCAGCCGGAGCACAACCCGGAGGCGAACGGCCUCCUGCAGAGCCUGGCCGCCGGCCUCACGGUGAAGACCGAGGGGCUGCCGGCCUUGGCCGCGGACCCGCAGGGCAGGGGCGCCGCCGCGCCGUUCUACCUCUCCUCCUCGACGCCGGCGAGCGGGUGUCUGGCGGCGGCCGAGCGCAGCCCGUUCUCGACGUCGGAGAACUGGGGCGUGUCGCCGGCGACCUCGGACUCCAACAACCACGUCGCCGCCUCCUACCUGCCGUUCGAGGACGCCGAGUGGCGGGGGCACAACGAGCUCCAGGAGGUCGUGUCCGCGCUCGUCGCCGCCAGCGCGCUGCCGCCGCUGCCCGCCGUGGACGGCUUCGACGAGUUCCUCGACUUGGACAUAGCGAGCUUCUUGGCGUGAUCCGAUCCUAGCGCCGAUCUCCGUAGCUGAUGAAAAAUAGGGAAAUCGAAGCAGCUGAUGUGAUGCGACCAUCCCUCUGGCCUCUGGGCCUUCGUCCAGGAACAGAGGAGGGAAGAGCACGAGCUCUGCUUCCUGGGUCCAUGCAGGCGUAAAACCGUAGAUGAUGAGAGUAGUGAAUGUCUUUUUUUUCCUCUCUUAUUCUUUUUGCUCUUCUGAAACUGAGAGUGUUGUGUUGCAUUGUAUUAUUGAUCUUUUAUGUCCGAGGAAAAUAAAGAUCCUUUGAUGUUUUGAGCCAUUAUCAAAGAGUUGUCUUUCAUCU